UAUUUCAUUCUGAAAGCGGACUGCGAGUAUCUUCGUUCAAGUGAUAUGGGAUCAAGAAACAACCCGGUGAGAGGAACGCAAAACGGAUACCCGAGCAAUCCACAUGGUACAGAAGACUACCCUCCGUACCCUCCUCCAGACUACCCAUGGAACGAUCUCAACAGUAAUACGCCACGGGUCUCGUCAAUCAAUCAGUCAUCAUCAUCGAAUCCGGGUUCGAGUUCGUAUGGUCCGGUGGUGAAUACAGCAUCUACGAGUUCAGGUGAUGAGAGAAAUCCAACAAUUGGCAAUCGUCCUGGACCUGGACUCUAUGAUAAUAAUGUCCCUACUAUCAGAAGUCUUCCACCUUUUAUUCCACAGCCAGAUUACGAUUACAUACAGCAGCUUAACAGUUCUAACUCAUUCAAGAAUGAGAAACAGCGUCGAUCCUGCAAAAAGACAAAGAUUCUUAAAUUUAUCGUCAUUGCAACCAUACUUGUAGGCAUAGGUAUUCUAGUUGCAAUGGCAUUGUCUCCUAAUCUUUUUCCUACAACUGACAAUCCAGAUGUAAAUAAAGGUAUUAGUGAUUUGAGGACCAGCGUGCAGAUGAUGCGUGCGAAUCAGAUGCAACAAAACGAAACAAUCAACGUGGUCGUCAAUACAAUUAAUCAAGAUGUGGAGGAAUACAAAUAUAUAAAUGAUUCAAUAAAAGAUCUCCAAAACCGAACACAAAGUUUAUUGACUAGAAUGGAAAGAUAUAUUGCCGACCUUAAAGAACAGUUUCUGGGUUACAUUUACCAAAGAUUUGCAGGUUGCUGUGGUAACCGCGUGAAUAUCACCGUGGGGCUCUGCGUUGACGACUGCACAAACGUUGAUGAUGGUGAUUACCAGUCCUGCAGAACGUGUCAUGGAUACAUCACGUGUUCAAAUCAGUUGAUCUUUCGCAGGAACUGUUCCGACAGUUUUCUUGUUUGGGAUGAUAUUCUUAAAAGAUGUGAAUGGAACAGUGAUACUUGUCGGUGAUAGUUUUACAAGUAUACAAUUAUCCAAAACUGUAUAUAACCUAUGGGAAUUAUUUGUAUUUUCCAUACUAGUCUUUAAAAUGACUGUUUUCCAUGUGAUGUUUUGUAUUUCUAUGUCUCCGAUUUCAUUGUGAUAUUUCAUCCUUUUUGAGUUUCAGUGGUUGAAGAACAUUAAACUUAUGCGAUCAUAAGAA